GAAGAAACGGGAAAGACCCUCGAGCCGCUUGCACGGUGGCCAAAAAAGUAAGACUUUCCUUCAUCCUGAUUUUCGUUUUUAAAAGGCUUUUUCAUUGGUGAAAGAGUUUAAAGUGAAGGGGAACUUUCUUUGAACGGGACUUGGAAAACCAACGCGUUUGUCACUGCGUAAUUGUUAUCGCUUUCAAGACAGUUUUUUGUGGACUGUGUUCUAUGACUGCAAAGAUGGAACCUACUUUCUAUGAUGAUGCCCUAAAUGCUACCUUUGUACAGCCAGAAAGUGGUGGUUAUGGAUAUAAUAAUCCUAAAGUCCUGAAGCAGAACAUGACUCUAAAUCUUGCUGAUCCUUCAAGCAACCUCAAGCCGCACUUGAGGAACAAGAAUGCUGAUAUUCUUACCUCCCCAGAUGUGGGUCUCCUCAAGCUGGCAUCUCCUGAACUGGAAAGGCUCAUCAUCCAGUCCAGCAAUGGCUUGAUCACCACCACUCCCACCCCAACGCAGUUUCUCUGUCCCAAAAAUGUUACUGAUGAGCAAGAAGGGUUUGCUGAAGGCUUUGUGAGGGCACUGGCAGAGCUACACAACCAGAAUACGAUGCCCAGUGUUACAUCUGCUGCCCAACCUGUUAACGGUGGUAUGACACCUGUUUCUUCUAUGGCUGGCAACAAUGGUUUCAACACCACUUUGCACAGCGAGCCUCCGGUGUAUGCCAAUCUCAGCAACUUUAACCCCAGUGCACUCAGCACAGCACCUAACUACAAUGCAAACAACAUGGGCUAUCCACCUCAGCAUCACAUUAAUCCUCAGAUGCCAGUGCAGCAUCCCAGACUGCAAGCUUUGAAAGAGGAGCCCCAGACUGUACCUGAAAUGCCAGGAGAGACUCCUCCACUGUCCCCCAUUGAUAUGGAGUCACAGGAGAGGAUCAAGGCUGAGAGGAAGCGCAUGAGAAACAGAAUUGCAGCUUCCAAAUGCAGGAAAAGGAAGUUGGAAAGGAUUGCAAGAUUGGAAGAAAAAGUGAAAACUUUGAAAGCCCAGAACUCAGAACUGGCAUCCACUGCCAACAUGCUCAGAGAACAGGUUGCACAGCUUAAGCAGAAGGUCAUGAACCAUGUCAACAGUGGAUGCCAGCUAAUGCUAACACAACAGUUGCAAACAUUUUGAAGAAGCUGACUUGG